AUGGCAGGCUCAUCCGGCGGCGCAGCCUCCUCCUCCUCGUCCCGUGGCGUGCCGGAGAACAGGUUCUACAACCCUCCCCACGUACGGCGCCAGCAGCAGCAGCAGGAGCAACAGCGGUUGCGGUCCGCGUCGCCGUCGCUGUCCCCGUCGCCGUCGCCGCGGUCGGCGAGGCAGAAGCCCCCGCCGCCGCCUGGGGCCGGGGCCGGGGCCGGGGCCGUGGCCGCGUCGGUGGAUGUGGACAGCCGGUCCGACGACUCCUCGUCGACGACCUCGUCCAAGCCGUCGGUGGCGUCAACGGCGACCACGGCGGCCACUGCGGCGGCGGGUGAUGUGAAUGUGGCCGCGGCGGCGGAGGAAGCUGGGAAUUUGGAGAGGUUUCUCACCUCCACGACGCCCUCCGUGACCGCGCAGUACUUGCCCAAGACAAGCCUAAGGAUGCGGCGAGGUGGUGAUGCUAUGGAUUCACGGCCUUAUUUCCUCCUGGGAGAUCUUUGGGAAUCUUUCCGGGAAUGGAGUGCUUAUGGGGCUGGUGUUCCACUGGUGUUAAAUGGCAGUGACUCGGUGAUUCAGUAUUAUGUGCCAUAUCUUUCUGCUAUCCAACUAUUUGCGGAUCCAUCUAGACCAGCUUCAAGAAACAGGCGUCCUGGGGAUGAAAGUGAUGGGGAAUCUAUGGAUACUAGCAGUGAGAGCAGCAUUGAGAAUGAUGUUGAGCGGCUAAGAGUCUCAUCAUCACUGGAAGGUACACAUCGACUGGAAAAUGGUGGCGUACGAAGUGAUGAUGGUGAGGGCGAUGCAUCUCCAAGUUUUCCAAUAUUCGAGUAUAUGGAGAGGGAUCCUCCAUAUGGUAGAGAGCCUCUGACAGACAAGGUAUCAACUCUUGCACAUAGAUUUCCAGCUCUGAAGACAUUCAAAAGUUGUGAUCUGCUGCCAUCGAGCUGGAUGUCUGUUGCAUGGUACCCCAUAUAUAGAAUUCCAACAGGGCCAACAUUGAAGGAUCUUGAUGCCUGUUUUUUGACAUUCCAUUGUCUAGCAACACCUUGCAAGGACUGUGACCUUCCUACGUCAGCAUGCCCUGGCUUUGGGGGAAUCAACUGCUGCACAACUGCAACUGGGAAACUAUCAUUGCCUAUCUUUGGGCUGGUACCUUACAAAUUCCGUGCCUCCAUUUGGACAUCUGACGGAACCCAAGAGCGGGUCACCUCACUGAUGCAGGAGGCUGACAGCUGGCUCCGCAGAAUACAAGUAGACCACCCAGAUUUCCGGUUCUUCGUCUCCCAUUUCAGUACAACGUGGAGAUGA